AUGUAUUUUACUGCUCAAAAUAUGGCAUGCGACGAGCUUUCUCGCAAUGUCCUACUAGAAAUCGCCAAGUUAAACGGAAGAUACAUCAAUCUCAGAUCUUUCAACUACACUUCAACGUGCUACUUCAGGGCUAAAGCCGGCAUUCCGGUAGACAAUGUGCAGCAAAUUAUUGAGGAUAAAUAUUUCGAUCUCAAACGCGCCGAUUUUCUAAAGUAUGAGCCAUUUUUCGCUCGUCUCGACCCAUUUUCAAACGGCACCUGGACAAUUGAUGGCCUUGGGUAUCCUGAUAUCCUGUUUCGUCACCUUAAAUAUUUGGUGAACGCGAAAAUCAUCAUCAGAAAUAUGCCAUAUUUGCGGAGAAUUCGAUUUCCAUACUAUAAAAACGGCAAUUUUUCGAAUAACGUAUUUGAAGUCACUGGAAAUCGACUAUUGCGACGCGAAACGAUGGAAUCGCUGAAAUCCAUGUGCAACUAUACGCCGAAUACAAAAUGCACAAUUCGGGAUAGUGCGUGA